AUGCAAAAUGUACAGAUUACCGAAAAACUCUCGGCCAUGCGCGUUUACAGGGCUGCCCAAGUCACCCCCAAAUGGAUGAACAACAACCUACCUUCAAAACCCUCCCAAAUUCCCAAAUUUUCUCUUUUUCUUCUUCUUAUUAUUUUUUUCCCCCCUUCCCUAUUUUCUUCUCUUUCGUUCAAUUUCUGGUUUUAUUUCUCAUACCCAUUUUUUUAGUUUUAAUUUUUAAAAUGUUCAAAAUAAAUAAAAUUAAUAAAAUUUCUGUGAAUAAUAUCGAUUGAAUCCCAACCAAAAAAAAAUAAUAAUAAAUUGUGGGAACUCAGAAUCACCGCUGCUUAGGUCCCCACCUCGACCAGAAUUCCUGCAUCAAUUCACAGGGAUAUAUACAUAGUAUUAUAUAUAUAUAUAUAUAUAUAUAUUUCAAUGCUGGAUUUCUGGUCUGGGUUUUGAUUCUUCAAUCUUUCUAAGAGGCCUUUGUCUGGUUUUGUCUUGUAAUCAAUUGUGCUAUUUUGCUCUUUCUUGAAUUUCUUGCAUUUUGGGUUCUCUUUCUCUUCCUCCUCAAAAGUCCUUCUGUUUCAUUAUUUGAAGAAUUGGGUGUUUAUGAAGUUUUGGGUUUUUGAGAGGAAUUGGAGUUUGAGACAUUAGAUUGAAUUUUGGGUUUGUAUUGUCAGAAAGAGGUGAUCAAUGUUUGGUGAAGAUUAUGGUUGGCGUUUUCUUCAAAAGCUAAUGCCAUUGAAUUUAUAGAGGAUUUCUUCAAAAUUUUAAAUAAAUACAAUGGGCAUUUCAAGUAUUGUAAAUUUGGAGGACUUGUCUGUUUGACAAAACAGUUGAUUGCUAAGGAUGGGUGGCCUUUGCUCAAAAGGAUCUACUGUAAACGAUUAUGUUGUCGCCAAUGAGAAUGAGAAUGAGAAUGAGAAAGAAAAAGAAGAAGGCAAAAAAAAGUUAAACCAACCUUCGGUACAAGUGACUCCUCCAUCAAAGCAAGAGGAGAUUGUAGUGGGGGUAGUUAAAGGUGGUUGUGAUGAGUCUGUUCAAACAAUAUCAAAACCGGUGUUACAAGCCAGUAUCAGCUCUGUACCGAGCACAAAAGAUGAAGAAGAGAAGAAAACGAAAGUUGUUGAAAGGCCCACAAGUGACCAUCAGAGACGAGCUACCAUGGAUGAGGUAGUCAAUGGAGGAGGAAAAGCAACAAUGACUCGGAUAAUUAGCACGCCACAUGGGGCCGAAGGAGAACAGAUUGUUGCAGGAUGGCCAUCCUGGCUAACUUCAGUUGCUGGAGAGGCUAUCCAUGGUUGGCUUCCUCGAAGUGCAGAUUCAUUUGAGAAGUUAAACAAAAUCGGACAAGGAACUUAUAGCAGUGUAUACAAGGCCCGUGACCUAAAAUCAGGCAAAAUUGUCGCGAUGAAGAAAGUGCGGUUUGUAAAUAUGGAUCCAGAAAGUGUCCGUUUUAUGGCUAGGGAAAUCCAUAUUUUGCGUAAACUGGACCACCCAAAUGUAAUGAAGCUGGAGUGUAUAGUCACUUCGAGGAUGUCAGGCAGCUUGUACCUUGUCUUUGAAUACAUGGAGCAUGACCUUGCCGGGCUUUCUGCAUUCCCUAAGAUUAAGUUCACUGAAUCACAGAUUAAAUGCUACAUGCAACAAUUACUGUCUGGACUUGAACACUGCCACAGCCGUGGCAUUUUGCAUCGAGACAUUAAAGGUUCAAAUCUGCUUAUUGACAAUAAUGGAGUUCUCAAGAUCGGAGAUUUUGGCCUGGCAACCUUUUUCCAGCCUGAUCAAAAGCAGCCAUUAACUAGUCGUGUCGUAACUCUAUGGUACAGGCCUCCUGAGCUUUUGCUUGGUGCAACAGAGUAUGGGGUUGCCAUUGAUCUCUGGAGCACUGGUUGCAUCCUCGCAGAAUUGUUUGCUGGGAAGCCAAUCAUGCCUGGUAGAACAGAGGUUGAGCAAAUGCAUAAAAUUUUCAAGCUUUGUGGUUCACCUUCUGAGGAGUACUGGAGGAAAUCAAAAUUGCCGCACGCUACUAGUUUUAAACCUCAGCAUCCUUAUAGGCGUUGUGUUGCCGAGACAUUCAAGGACUUUCCUUCUUCAGCUUUGUCACUUAUUGAUGUCCUCCUCGCAAUUGAACCAAAGCAACGGGGUACUGCUGCUUCGGCACUUAAUAAUGAGUUCUUUAUGACAAAUCCGUUACCUUGCGAUCCAUCUAGUUUACCAAAAUAUCCUCCGAGCAAGGAGUUUGAUGUAAAGCAGCAAGACGAGGAAGCAAGAAGGAAAAAAGCUGAGGCUGGGAAAGGGCGUGGACUUCAAUCUGUAAGAAGGGGUCCAAGAGAAUGCAAGGAAGUGCGUACACCAGAUGGACAGGUUAUUUUACAAGGACAAUCAAGUCCGAAAAGUAUCAGUGCAAAGCACAAUUCCCGUGAGGAUGUUGGGUUGGGUUUCCCAAGUGCAUUUGAAAAAAAUGGACUUUCCCUUUCGAACUCAACGGUUCACCCGAGUACAGUCGAACAUGCACGGUCAAGAAAGGCAAAGGAAGGCGAAGGUCAUAUUGGUCCGGGGAGGUCAAUUAGCUCAUCAGUAAGUGUGUCCGAUCUGAGGAGACAGAAUUCUCACAAACCUCAGGUUGGAGUGGGCUUGUCUGGCACAUAUUCCAAGAAGGAGGAAAUGUCUAGAAAAGAAUCUAUGGGUUAUGUACCAAGAAAAAGCAGAAUCCAUUACUCCGGACCAUUGAUGCCUGCUGGUGGGAACAUGGAAGACAUGCUUAAGGAGCACGAGAGACAAAUUCAAGAGGCAGUCCGCAAAGCACGUCUUGACAGGGCAAGGACCAAUAAAAAUUGGUAUGAUCUGUGACAAUCCAACACAUUAUCCCUCAAGCUGCUGAGCCUGAAGUCACGCUCAGGCCCUUUUAGGACGGGAAUCACAUUGAAUUUGGCCAGUUCUCACUAGCAAAAAGCAACUCGCAUUUUUUUGAUGUACGGUUCAUUCACCCCACCCCCCCCAACAGCCACGUCGUCCUUCAGUUUGCUCUUAAGUUACAAUCAUGCCAGAGUUAUCUUCUGUGGUUCUGAGCUGCCGGACUUUUGUUUUUAGGGGUUGCAAAUCCGCGUUGUAUAGCUAAAGGGUUGCUUUAUUCCUAAUCAUUGCACAUACAUUUGCAUACGAUGUAAAUCCAUUUUUCUUCCUAACUUAUUCUAACUGAAAAUUGUAAACUCCGUGUUUAUUUGUUGUUAUUUAUAUUGAUGGAGUUAGUAUAAA